UCGGCUUUUAAACUUUUCUCCCUUCCCAGAGACAAACUUCGGAACGCCUCGCUCCGGACAGGUGCGGAGCGGGCAGCGGCGGUAGCUCACGGGCUGAGGUGCGGUGCUCUGCAGCCGGUGGUGCGGAAAACCCGCAGGGAUCUGACCUCGCUCCCGGUGCCAGGUUCCUGCCCUCUGCCCCUAAGAGAAUUGGUGCUGUCGCUGCCUCCCCAGGCGCGUUAGGAGAGGCAUCGUGACUGCUUUUGACCUGAGUCUACGAACCAAUGAGGAAAUGAAAGGACAGAACAUACCAGCUGCCAUGAUCUGUUUAUUUCACAUCUGUGCUACACUUUGGGGUUUUACAGAACAGGAAGAAGUAACAGGGCUGUUUUCCAAGGAUUGUAUCCUCCCUUGUCGUUUCCCACCUGGGCAUGAUGAAGUAAUUCACUGGAGCAAAGAGAACAGAAAUGUGCACAGUUACUACCAGCAGAAGGAUCAACUGGAAAAACAAGAUCCAUAUUACAGAUUCAGAACACACCUUUUCCAUGAGAACAUCCCUAGUGGUAAUGCCUCCUUGAAACUUAGUAGCCUGACCAUGACUGACGAGGGCUCUUAUACCUGCUAUGUGGGAACAGCACAACAUGGAACAGAAGUGGAAGUGCAGCUACACGUUAAAGCUCCUUCUUCUUAUGCACUGGAAUACCAAAAGACAAACACAGAAAGGAGACUGAAGUGCUAUGCUUUUCUCACUUAUCCAGCACCGACUAUAUCUUGGGUACAGGGUAAUAUAUCCAUCCAAGAGACAGAUCGGGAGGAAACUAGGAAUGGAGUUCUUUAUUCUUUGAGAAGUGACAAGGACAUUGUAAAUGUGACAGAUACUUACUACUGUCAUAUUCAUUUGGAUCAUGAGGUGUGGUCCGCUGAAUGGAAGAUGCAAGACUACCUGCCUAAGGUGGAAGGAGAGAGCACCGUAAUUCCUUGUGAACACGGCCAUGACUCUGCAAGCACUGACAGUUUCACCGUUGUCUGGACAUUACACAGAAAUGCAGUGACCUCAGUCCUGGCCUCCUUCAAUGGCACAUCUCACUCUCACCAGCCUCGAGUCCAGGUUAACGAAAGUGACUUUUCACUGAGGUUGGAUCAUCUUACUGCAGGUGACAGUGGAGAAUAUCUGUGUAAUAUAUCAACACCUCUCUACACAAAACUUGCCGUGACAACUUUGCACAUUGACAUCCAUAGGAAGUUUCCAGAGGAAUGUAGAUUUUUUCAAGUUCUUUGGACAAGACACAGCAGGGGGAAGACAACCCGAGAAAAUUCUGGUAACACUGGGAAAAUUGUGCUAGGAGUGCUUGGUGCAGUCAUGAUAGCAGUGGCAAUAGCAGCGGUACUUUGCUAUCUCAAGAAAAAAAGGAAGAGAGGAAUCAUAUGGACACCUUGACAUACAGGAAGAAUAUAGCUCUCUGCACACAGAUACUACUGACACUGGUGAUGAAAAGAACAAAGAGUUCCUCCAUCUUCCCCUUUGAGUUACAGUAAGAGCCACAUGGAAAUGUGAUUUUCUGAGCAAUGGUAAUGGACAAAUGGGGAGGAAAAAAAGUCAAUGGACACUUGUAUGUGAAAAGUCAUGGAGCAGGGCACCUCACCCCCCACAUGAGCUUAUCUGUUGCUUUUUAACUGGUAAGUUAACUCAAACCAGAGUUUGACAGAGCUGUCAUGUAGUGAGUUAUUUUGGCACCACAGGAUUACUAUCUGGAAAGACAAACUAGAAUUCUAACUGACAGGCACCUGCCUUUACAAACUAUAUAAGCUACAUCAAACUUUCACAAAGCAGAAAUAUUCUACACAUUUUCCUGGAAAUUUCUGGAGUUUCUCCUCAGAGCAGGGAUGCCUGCUUUGCAGUUAUUCCUCUGGAGGCUGAGUAUUUCUUUUGCUAGUUUUAAUAUAGGUACCUUGAUGUCAUGCACUGUUUUAUGUAAUCUACUGGUAGUUCUUUUGUUUUAUACUGUGUCAGAAUUAACUUGGGUUAAGACCUUUCAUGUGUUGCCUCCUGUCUGUUCAAUAAAUCACUCAUUUUAUAAAUAGACCUGAUCUGCCAUCCUUAGAAUUUGCAGGCCAGAGUGAUUUCUUAAAUUUAAGCUGUUGCCAAAAAUCUGAGGCUAAGGCAGGGCUUGUGUGAAGCUCCCACUUGUCCUGUGACAAGUCAGCAUGCAAAAUUGGAUUUCCUAAAGGGACAAAGAAGUUUCCAGAGAAGAAAUCCCUAAAUUUUGAGGUUUGUUUUGUUUUUUUUUUCUUUCAGGGUGAGGGAAAGAGAGCUUACUGGUUUUCAUUUAAUUUAGUAUUUUAUUUUAAAGUAAAGACCAUGUCUGCUGUCGACAGCAGAAAGUCCGAACCCAGCAGAGUGCACUGGGCUGGCAGUGGUGGAGGGAGUGGAGAAGUGCCUGAGUGGGAACAGCUGUGGGGAACAAAACAGUGGCACACUGAGGUGUGAGAAGCUGAAUGCUGCCAAACACAGCCUAGCACAGCGGUCUGGGAAAUGGGCCGUGUGACAUGGACGAUCCAGCUUUUGGGGGUUUAUCCAUCAUUGUUCUCCACUGUCUUGGACUCAGGGAUAGGAAAUGUUAGCUGUGGGAACCUCCCCCACCUGCUUUUGUCCUGGGGCCACAUGUUGUGGGGGAAUGCUUGCCACCUUGUCUUAGUCUGGAAAAACACGUGGGGCCAGCAGCACUGGAAUGGCUGUCAUCUUGUCCUUGUCCCAGGGGACCACAUGGACAUGACCUAUGGGUAGUGUCUGCCAUCUUGUCUUUGUCCCAGUAGCCACAUGGAACUAAGCUAAGGUGGUGAACACCUUUGUGUGGGUAAGGCAUCUCUUCUUGUAUACUUUUGUUAUUAACAUUAUUGCUCUUUGCUUUCAGUAAAUUAUCUCAACCCACA